UGUUAAUGAAAACUAUUACGUGACUAGCAUUAUUCAAAGUCUCAAACUUUGAGGCUGUCCUUAUUUUACUUUUGCACUUGAUUUUGUGCUAGUCUAUUUUUCAUUUCACAACAGUUGCAUUAAGCAGAGUGUUUCUUUAGCUUUAGCCCCCUAUAAAUAAAGAGCCAUCUCAUACUCAACAACUCAUCCACACAGGACCACACUCACUCUUACAUUACAAUAUCAAAGCCAUUGUUUCCUACCAAACACUAUGGCUAAAGUUUCCCAUCUUUUGCUGCUAUUCUCUAUCUCAUUAUACCUUGCUACCACAGCCAAGUCUGCAUCCCCUGCCCGUGGUUAUGAUACUAGUUUCAUCAAGUCCUCAUGUAGUUCUACUACCUAUCCAGCAGUGUGUGUCAAAACUCUCUCAGCCUAUGCCUCAGCAAUUCAACAAAGCCCACGCCAAUUGGCCCAUACUGCCUUGUCUGUGAGCCUAUCCAAGUGUCAAUCAACAAAGACAUUUGUGUCAAAAAUGACAAAAAUGAAGGGCUUGAAGUCUAGGGAAUAUGAAGCUGUUAAAGAUUGCUUGGAAGAGAUGGGUGAUACUGUGGACCGUCUUAGCAAGUCCAUCCAUGAGCUCAAGCACAUUGGUCAAGCCAAGGGUCAGGACUUUCUGUGGCACAUGAGCAAUGUUGAGACUUGGGUUAGUGCAGCACUAACCGAUGAGAACACUUGCCUUGAUGGGUUUUCUGGCAAGGCCUUGGAUGGUAAAGUCAAGGCUUCAAUUAAGGCACAAGUUGUAAAUGUUGCACAAGUCACUAGUAAUGCACUAGCACUAGUUAAUAGCUAUGCCUCAAAGCACUAAGCCACUUCCAAAGGUUAAAGUUUUUGUAGAAGUCUUGGUAUGUCAUUUUGGUUUGGUUUGGUUUGGUUACUUAUGAAUUAUGAUGUAUAUUAUUUGAGUGAGUGUUUUUGUAUGUUUAUAAUAUACAGAAUUACUUCUUGUAAAAUGUUAAGCACACCAACAAUCAAAGGUGGUAUGGAAGUUCUAAAAAAUUAUGUGCCUUUUAUGCCUCUUGAAUUGGUCUUAAAGUUCUUUG